GCUAGGUCGAUAUCGAUCCAACACAACCGCAGUCAAACCUCGAAUACCAAGCACACCCCCAUUUUCUCAAGUUUUUGUCGACAAAUCUAGUCGGCACUUGGGAAUAAGAACAACAAAUACUUGAAUAUGUCAGCAGAGGAUACGCUUCAGGAUGUCGCCGGCGAGGAGAUUGAGUCCAACUGGGACCAGGUCGUCGAUAACUUCGACAACAUGGAUUUGAAGCCGGACUUGCUCCGUGGUAUCUACGCCUAUGGUUUCGAGCGACCCUCCGCCAUCCAGCAACGAGCUAUCGUCCCCGUCGUCAAAGGCCACGACGUUAUCGCGCAAGCCCAGUCUGGAACUGGCAAGACCGCCACCUUCUCCAUCUCUAUCCUCCAACAGUUGGAUAUGUCCAUCAAGGGCACCCAGGCCCUUAUCCUCGCCCCAACCCGUGAGUUGGCCCAGCAAAUUCAAAAGGUCGUCAUCGCUCUCGGUGACUACAUGAACAUCGAGUGCCACGCUUGCGUUGGUGGUACCAACGUCCGCGAGGACAUGGCCAAGCUCCAGGAGGGCGUCCACGUCGUCGUCGGCACCCCCGGUCGUGUAUACGACAUGAUCAACCGCCGUGCCUUCAGGACCGACCACAUCAAGAUCUUCUGCUUGGACGAGGCCGACGAGAUGUUGUCCCGUGGUUUCAAGGACCAGAUCUACGAUGUCUUCCAACUCCUCCCCCAGGACACCCAGGUCGUCCUCCUCUCCGCCACCAUGCCCGCCGAAGUCUUGGAAGUCACCAAGAAGUUCAUGCGUGACCCCGUCCGGAUUCUCGUCAAGCGUGACGAGUUGACCCUCGAAGGUAUCAAGCAGUUCUACAUCGCCGUCGAGAAGGAGGAAUGGAAGCUCGAUACCCUUUGCGAUCUCUACGAGACCGUCACCAUCACCCAGGCUGUCAUCUUCUGCAACACUCGACGGAAGGUCGACUGGCUCACCGAGAAGAUGCACGCUCGUGAAUUCACUGUCUCCGCCAUGCACGGUGAUAUGGAGCAGAAGCAGCGUGAAGUCCUGAUGAAGGAGUUCCGCUCUGGCUCUUCCCGAGUCCUCAUCACCACUGAUCUCCUCGCCCGUGGUAUCGACGUUCAACAGGUCUCGCUCGUCAUCAACUACGAUCUCCCCACCAACCGCGAAAACUACAUCCAUCGUAUCGGUCGUGGCGGUCGUUUCGGUCGUAAGGGUGUUGCCAUCAACUUUGUCACCACCGAGGAUGUGAGGAUGUUGCGGGAUAUCGAACAGUUCUACAACACCCAGAUUGACGAGAUGCCUCUCAACGUCGCCGAUCUUAUCUAAGCGCGGCCAUGCCUUUCACGAUCUUGACGCACGACCCAACCUCUGUACCACUCACUCUUUCCCUUCUUGUACUGUACAUUCAUCCAUCCCCCAAAAGUGUCGAGCCCAUCUCCCAUCAUUAGUUUCCUUGUUUUUGUUUCUGAUCGUAUAAUAGUUUCACUCGAAGUUGAAUGUACAAGUAGUGAUGUGGUGGAUGCUUUUCUUAUACCGACCUCCCUUGCGAAUUCCGCUCUCUCU